UGAAGGUCUUAUUAGGGAAAAAUAAGAUGUGUACAUAAAUAUUUGUCCUAUGAAUAAAAUUGACAAUGAAAGAUAGGGGAAAAGAAGCUUAUUGGUGACCUAUAGGGCCCAUAGAGGAUCAUCGCUUUGGGCUUUGCUUGACAAGAAAGCAGCAUAUAAACAAAAGGAAAUGGAAGAAAUUCCAAGCAGUCCCCUCCAAGCAGUCCGAAAAUCAAUGUCAAUGAUAUACAACAGUGAGUGGAAGUCUCUCUCUCAACUCAAAAUGGACGGCGGCGGCGUUUCGAAGGCAGUGGCGGUGGUGGCUUGCGCCGCCAUGGCGUUGUUCUACGUUGCAAUUCUCUAUGCCCCGACUCUAAUCCUUCGUCUUCCUCCUCCCCCUUCCUUCAAGAACUUCAUGAUCCGACGGUUCAUAUGCGCCGCUAUUUCUUCCGUCGUCUCCGUUGUCGUCUCUGCUCUUCUCCUCCCUAUGAAAAGCAGAGAGGCAUCAUCUCUGUUAGGUGUAUACGGCAUCCGAAUGGACCAUAUUUGGCAAGCUGUGAUCUUUCCUCUUACAUUGACUGCUCUUAUGUACGGUGGAUCCUUGGUCCUCAAGUCUCUAUUAUUGAUGAGUGCGUUGAGGGAACACAUGAAUUUUGGUGGAGGCCUUUCGUUCAACAAUAUCAAAAAUUUAUCCGAAGAGAUUGUUGCCUGUUCGCGUUCAAUAGCUUCGGAUGUUUUGGUUUGGCGUACUUAUGUUGUGGCCCCGCUUACUGAAGAGUUGGUGUUUAGAGCAUGUAUGUUACCUUUACUUCUCUGCGGAGGAUUCCAAAAGUCCACAGUCAUCUUUCUCUGCCCCAUUUUCUUCAGCUUGGCACAUUUAAACCAUCUAAAGGACGUCUAUAGCAAGCAAAACUACAACUUGACCAAAGCCGUCCUGGCUAUAGGUCUCCAGCUUGGCUAUACCGUUGUCUUUGGCUCCUAUGCAUCUUUUCUCUUCAUUCAAACUGGACAUUUUCUUGCUCCUUUAGUUGCUCACGCAUUUUGCAAUUUUAUGGGACUGCCUGUGCUAGUUUCACGGGGAAAAGGGAUAGUAAGUGUGGCAUCUGUAGCUGGAAUUGUGGGUUUCCUGUGGCUUCUUUUUCCAAUGACUCACCCAGAGUUGUAUAACGAUAGAACAGAUAAUUGCGUAUGUUGGCAAGGAUAUUGUUCUGGGAACUAAGCCUGUGAAAUCUUCAGAGUAAAUAGGUUUGUUUAACCUAAAAUCUUUUGUAGCAUGAUUCUGUAUAACAUGGAUGUUGUUUCUUCAGCUAUAAAAAAAGAAAAAAAAAGAUUAUAUCAUCAGCUCCGGGAGAGAUAAAUACGUAACAAACACUAAUUGUUUAGCUUAUCGUUUUCUAGACUUGAAAAGAAUCUCAACUAGUUCUAUCUUUCUAGAAUUCCAAAUUAUUCACUUUCUGAAGGUGGUAUUGCAACUUUAGGCCUUUUCUUUUUUGAAUUACUCUUCCUUGAUUAUUUUAUGUUUGGACCACAUUCUUUACCACAAAAAAUAAUGAGAUAGUGAGUUAAUCUACAUUGAAAUUUUACUCUUUUUUUGUAUUAUUUAUUUUAAUUUUUCUGGUUUAUACUGGUGUUUAGUGCUUAAUGCUUACAAGAAUCAACUUCCAAAUGGUUUAUUAGGGAAAUUAUUAGUUGCACUUUCAUUUUUUCCUCUUACCCUAGAAAUAUCUUAAAUUUUCUAUGAAGCUUGCAAUAAGAUCAGGGAGGCUAGAAUGAGGGGUUAUAAAGAGGAGGUUCUUAAUAGCCGUCUGAUUUAUUGCAUAAUUAUUAUUGAACUAUUAGAUUGUCCCUCCUUAUAGAAUUCUUGCAUUAUAGAAGCUCCCACAAUAGAUUGCCCGAGCCUUCAUAUAGAUCUCAAGUGGUCUCUCUGUCCAUCAAAGCUGGGCCCUGGAUUAACUUGGGUUUGACCGUACAUAGUUGAUCAAUCAACAAGUAGGGUUGAACUGGUCCAUCAUCAACUAAAUGCACAGCCCACAAUCUAUUAAUCCACGGGCUACACACCAAUGGCUCUUUUGGAAGUUAACGUUUUCAUGGGCCCACUUUCUUUUUUAUUUUUUUAAAUAAAUAUAAAUAAAUAAAAUUGUCGGCAUUCUUUACCUAUGUCAUUGUUGCUGAAAUUUGCCAACAUUUGUGAGGGAAAAAAAAAAAAAA